GCGGAAGCUCCGACCGACGGCCUUGCGUAGUCAUCCAUUCACGUUCGGCCUUUCUAAUUUUCCUUCUCCACCCCCACUCAAUCCAUCCCCAAUCCUCCAAUCACGACUCAGAGAUACGAUUUCGCAUCGUCCUUGUCGUCAUCGUCAUCGCAACAUCUACCAGUCCGAUACCCACGAUAGACACAUCUGCUGUCAUCAAACCUACACCUCUACUUCCUUGCGAUCCUUCUGGACAACAAAGCUCGCUGUCGCGACUCUUGUUUCCACAUCUCGGAAGUCGACUUUUACUCUCUCUUCCUCUCCCUAUCAACCAACCGACGAACCCGUCAACCCUCAGAACCCCCAGGCGGAAUACCUUCUUGACUGAAAGUGUCCCCCCCGGAUCUCGUACUCUGAGACGAGAAAAGAACUGGAAUACGUUCCUUUCGAGACAUAUCUUCGUCAAACUUCCCGCGCGAACCCCUUCCGACGACAUAUCAGGUCGAGAACGAGUCCGCUGCACUCUGUAGACAUCGCACGCACCGUCGCCGAAUAGAGACACCGUGCUUUGAACCGUGACGAGGUAUCCAGAGACGUCGAGUUGAUUGCUGGUAUCUGGGUCAUUCGCGACAUUAUCGAAGCGACGCCUACGAAACCCACGACCUUCUCGUCGACCUACCUCACUUGAUCCAUUUGCAUCCCGUUCCCGCCGCUGUCACAAGCUCGGCACUGAUCGCAAAAAAAGUCGCAUCGCAAGAUACACGCGCACACCUACAUACCUCCUGUCCAGCAGACACUGAAGGGGAGACAUUUAUUUGUUCAUCUCCAACAAUUGGUAUGCCCUCCUUCCUUUUCUUUCCUCUCCUGGCGUGCUCUGCGUGCCUUCCUCCAUCUGCCUACCCAUCAUCUCCGUCGUGCCUUCCCAUCUACCACAAGCCGGUGGGGGCUAGCUGGCGCUUCUUAUUGGCCCCCGACCUCUGAACAUAAACCAUACAUCUUCACUUCACCAAGACUUCCCAUCAACACAAUAUCGCUGCGCUUGACCCAUUUUCACAUCGUUACAUCAUCACUUCACAGUCCCCAUUAUCGGAGCAGCGCUCCAUACUCUUUAUCAUUACUACAAUAGCUCUGAGAAACGAGACUAAUUCGCAAGGCUUCAGAUCUGCUCUUACUCUCGGUUUCAGGUCAUCAUCCAUCAACCGCAAUCAUGGAGGCGAUUCAGACCCAUCCCACGAGUGCGGCGCAGGCCAAGGCUUUCACCGCGCCUGGCUCCCUCUCCUUCCCCGGCGGCGCUCACGAGCUUCCUCCCCAGGCGAACGGCGAUAAGGCGGCCGUCAAUGGACAAAUCCCUGUGCCCAACGGCCAGCAGCCUGCAAACGGUACCGGGGUGACACCCGCGACACCUGCUGCGACGCCUGCCGCGACACAAGGUGGCAGUGGCUUGACUCCUACGUUGCAGAACAUCGUUGCCACGGUAAACUUGGAUUGCCGCUUGGACCUCAAGACGAUCGCCCUGCACGCGAGAAACGCAGAGUACAACCCCAAGCGUUUCGCUGCCGUCAUCAUGCGUAUUCGUGAGCCCAAGACCACUGCCCUGAUCUUCGCUUCCGGCAAGAUGGUCGUCACCGGUGCCAAGUCCGAGGAUGACUCGAAGCUUGCGUCUCGCAAGUACGCCCGUAUCAUCCAGAAGCUUGGCUUCAACGCCAAGUUCACGGACUUCAAGAUCCAGAACAUUGUCGGCUCUUGCGAUAUCAAGUUCCCCAUUCGUUUGGAGGGUCUCGCUUCGCGCCAUCACAACUUCAGUUCUUACGAGCCUGAGCUGUUCCCUGGUCUGAUCUACCGCAUGAUUAAGCCCAAGAUUGUGCUUCUUAUCUUCGUCAGCGGCAAGAUCGUCCUCACUGGUGCCAAGGUGCGAGAGGAGAUUUACCAGGCCUUCGAGAUGAUCUAUCCCGUGCUUCAGGAUUUCCGCAAGGUCUAAACAGACACUUGAUCACACGGAUAGAUCAUUGACCCAGUCGAUGUACUACCACCAUACACAAAACCACCGACUUUGUACGACUAGACAACACUUUUUUCACGAUACCACGAAUUCUUUUUCGCACACACAACCAAAAAAAUUCGAGCGUCCGUCACCCGGCAAUAUGGCCGUGACACAAUCAUCGACGCCCGUUCUGCUCACUUCAUUUUUUUCCGCUGCAUUGCAUUGGCGUUGGUACAGGAGGUAACCCGGGCCGGAAGUUUUCGGUCAGGUGGUUGAUUCAAAUGAAAAGAAUAAGAUUUCUCAUUCCGCGGCACUACAUAGACUGCUCGUGGCACCGUCGACGGCAGAUGCGCAGGUCGACCUUGCCGUUUUUUAAUGGACUCGACUUAGAUGCAUUGGGGUCUCAGACCGGAUGGGGGAUGAUUAACGGGGAUGAGUUGGAGUUGAAGUUGCCUCCUGGACAGUAGGUCGGGAGGGACUGCUGGUGGAAGGGGGGAAACCGGUUUUGCAAUGAACGUUGCCUAGUUUUAGGCGACAUGACCGAUCACUCAAGUCUUACUCUACGUUCAGUCUGCGAGUUUGAUUCGAGUUGACAAGUCGGCAUUAUCUUUUAGUACAAUGCCAACACCCGGUUUCUGUUAC